ACCCACAAAAGCCUGAAGACACAGCGGGAGCGGCAGUGUUCCAUUAGCGAGACACGACUAAAAGGUAAGGUAAAGGUAAAGGUAAGCUCACUUAUCUGCUUCACUUCACUCCCAUUCACCUUGAAAUGCAUAAAUGACUGCUGCAUAUGCACAUAAAGGGCUGCAUGGGUUUACUGUGACAUGUGAAGGCCUUGAUGAAUGCUUUCCCUCCUAAUGCUUUUAUGCCUCCUUAAAAUCAAAGACUGAUACAAAUGUGAAAGAGAUGGCAUCAGUUGUGUUGGUAAGACGUGCACUUGUAAAUGCCUAAAGCUGUGCAACCUUUUUUCCUUUCAGACAUUCAGCCUGGGUAGCGUGCGUCUGACAUUCUGUCAGUUUUACACUCUGGUCCUGAAGAAAAAGUUGCUUUUUAAAUUGUUUUUAUAGUUGCAAUUUAUCACUUUCUUUUCCAAUUUCCCCACUGUUGAGAUUCUAAAUAAGAGCCAAAAGUGAUGAUGGCAGCCUUGGUAACAGGCCUCAUCCCCAUCCUCCGGACAGCGGUAGAUGCCACCACCACCUACAAGUGCCACUCCCUGUGGUUCGGCUUCCUGUGCAUCCGCCUGGUGAUCCUGUUCCUGGCCGAGCUGCCCUUCACCAAACUGGACGCCGACUUCACCUGCAACAGCACCAAGGACAGCAUCUGCACCGAAGCCUGUUAUAACAGACACUUCCACAAGCCUAUGAUGGUCGCCUGGAACUUCAUCUACGUGCUGGUCAUCCUCUCGGUCCUGCUCAUGGUGCUAUUCACCUCCCAUUUCCGCUCCCUGGCCCAGAAGAGGAACUCUCGGCAGGUGAAGACCAAUGUGGAGCUGAAGGGGGAGGCUCAGGUCUCCCCCACAAACCACUGGGACGGAGUCAUCGAUUUCCAUAGAAACAGAGGCGCAGUGGGCUUCUACCUGCUCAGCAUCAUUCUGUGUAUCCUGAGUGAGGUCUGGUUUGUGUAUGUCCUGCUGUCUUGGAACCUGCCAGCUCUGAACAAUGGUCCAUUUGAAUGCUCAACAGACAUCUGCUCAGAGUUACACGUUUGUGUUGUGAGUGCCGCCCCAGAGAAGCGCAUGUCUAUUUAUGCUUUGGCUUCAAUCUCAGGCCUGAUUAUUGUUUGUUCAUUCUCCUUGUGCAUUUAUUCCAUCGCUCACUACCUUUGCAACUUUUGAAUAUCAGUAGCUAAACGUCAUACUUAAAAAGUAAUGGUAUCGUGUUAAAACAUUGAAUCACAACUCUGAUCAACGCACAAGACUAUGAUGAAAUAUUUCCCUAAUUCUUUUUUUUUUUUCCUCAGAGUGAUUUCAUGUGAAUGUGGGCAAGAUAAUUACUUCUGGUUGCUUUUUUUAUAUGUAAAUAUGUAAUUGACAAUAUUUCACGGUGGUUUUAAACCUAAUUAACACCAAAAAAAUCCCAAACUUUUUAUUUAUUGUUGUAAAUGAUCUCUAUAGUACCCAUGGUCCACACUUUGGGAAUCACUGCCGUUUACUACGGGUCGACGGAUAAUUGUCCAGUUGUAGCAUCUAAUUCAGCAAUCUUUUGAUAAGAAUCAGUGUAUUAUUGAUAUGAUUGCCGAUGAGUACAGUAUUUGCCUCCGAAAUGUAGUCCAGUGGAAGUAUAGAGUAGGAGAGUAGGGAAAUACUCAAGUAAAGUACAAGUGCCUUAAAGUUAUAACUAAAUACAGUACUUGAGUGCUUGUAAUUAAUGACAUUCAGUCACUUGU